CGGUUGGGGCCUUGCUAACCGCACACGGGUUUGACAUUCUCCCCCUUCCCACUUUGUGAGUCUACUCAAUUGAUCAUUUCGCAUUUUUUACUACUUCGCUGACCGCGUGCUGUACGCCAGCGUUUCGCGUUCUUUAGAUCUCUGCCCAAAAUCUACAUCGUGGCAGUUUUUCGGUGGCCUUUGCCGCGUGCGUGUUUGUAGACUGAAAGCAGUUCCGAGGCGACUUAUUGAUCAGUUCCAAAAAGAAGGAAACCGUGAAAAUGUCGGAAGUGAUUGCUAACAACGUGGACGCUGCACCAGGCGAUGCAGGCGAGCCUCCAAAAACCGCGAAACAGUUAGAGAAGGAGGCCAAGAAGGCAGCCAAGCUGCAAAAACUGCAGCAGAAGUUGGACAAGAAAGCGGCGGCUCCAGCACCGACCAAAGAGAAAGCUGAGAAAAAGACGAAAGAAGUGAAAGAAGCCGCGGUGUACACGGGGAACACUGCUCCUGGUGAGAAGAAGGAUUUGUCUGGAAGUCUUCCCGAUGCCUACAGUCCGCAGUACGUGGAGGCGGCGUGGUACGCUUGGUGGGAGAAGGAGGGAUUCUUCAAGCCGGAAUAUGGGCGCUCAUCUGUUCUAGCACCGAACCCCAAGGGAAAAUUUGUAAUGAUUAUUCCGCCACCAAAUGUCACAGGAUCACUCCACUUGGGACACGCUCUUACAAAUGCCGUGGAAGACGCUAUUACACGAUGGAAUCGUAUGCGAGGAGUAACCAGCCUCUGGGUGCCUGGAUGUGAUCAUGCUGGAAUCGCCACACAAGUAGUAGUAGAAAAGCGAUUAUGGCGUGAAGAAAAACUUACUCGUCAUGAUUUGGGUCGAGAAAAAUUCAUAGAGAAAGUUUGGGAAUGGAAAAACAAAAAUGGUGAUCGCAUUUAUGACCAACUGAAACGACUAGGAUCAUCGUAUGAUUGGUCUCGUGUAUCGUUCACUAUGGAUCCAAAACUUUGCAAAGCUGUAACAGAAGCCUUUGUACGGUUACAUGAAGAUGGAAGUAUAUACCGUAGCUCACGGCUCGUAAAUUGGUCGUGCGCCCUACGAUCAGCCAUUUCAGACAUCGAGGUAGAUAAAAUUGACAUUCCUGGAAGGACAUUCUUCUCGAUUCCCGGCUACGAAGAAAAAGUAGAAUUCGGGGUGCUUGUCAAAUUCGCAUAUCGCGUUGAAGGCUCGGAUGAAGAAAUCGUAGUUGCCACAACGCGUAUCGAAACAAUGCUUGGAGAUACUGCUGUUGCAGUCCAUCCCAACGAUGAACGUUACAAGCAUCUGCAUGGAAAGUUUGUAACGCAUCCUUUCUGCUCUCGAAGGUUGCCGAUCGUUUGCGAUGAUUUCGUUGAUAUGGAAUUUGGAACAGGAGCUGUAAAAAUCACACCAGCUCAUGAUCCUAACGAUUACGAAGUAGGAAAACGUCAGAAUUUACCUUUCAUUACAAUCUUCAAUGAUGAUGGAAUCAUUAUUGGUGAUUAUGGUGAAUUCACGGGAAUGAAGCGAUUCCAUUGUCGAAAGAAAAUUUUAGAAAGAUUAACGGAACUAGGAUUGUAUAAGGAAACAUUGAACAAUCCUAUGGUUGUACCGUUCUGCAGUCGUUCGAAGGAUGUCGUUGAGCCUAUGAUCAAGCCACAAUGGUACGUGAAAUGUGAUGAAAUGGCAAAACAAGCAGUGGAAGCAGUUCGUUCAGGUGAACUAAAAAUUGUCCCUGAAAUUCAUAUCAAAACAUGGAAUCACUGGAUGAAUGGUAUUCGGGAUUGGUGUAUUUCUCGUCAGCUCUGGUGGGGUCAUCGUAUCCCAGCAUAUUUCGUGUCAUUCACGGAUCCAAGUAUCAAGCAAGGACAGGAAAAUGAGAGCGAUGAUGAUAAUUACUGGGUAGUUGGACGAUCUAAAGAGGAGGCUCUAGAAAAGGCUGCGAAAAAGUUCAAUGUAGAUCCAUCCAAAAUAGCUCUCGCGCAGGACGAGGAUGUGCUAGAUACAUGGUUCAGUUCAGGAUUAUUCCCCUUCUCAGUAUUUGGCUGGCCUGAUCAAACAGAAGAUCUUCAAGCAUUCUACCCUAACACCCUGCUGGAAACUGGUCAUGAUAUUCUCUUCUUCUGGGUCGCCAGGAUGGUUUUCUUCGGUCAGAAACUUAUCGGCAAAUUACCAUUUAAGGAAGUAUUCCUUCACUCCAUGGUACGUGACGCCCAUGGCCGUAAAAUGUCGAAAUCGCUAGGCAACGUUAUAGAUCCAAUGGACGUCAUUACGGGCAUCAGUUUAGAAGGUUUGCACGCACAAUUAUACAACUCAAACUUGGAUCCAAAGGAAAUUGAUAAGGCAAAGGCUGGUCAAAAGUUGGAUUAUCCAAAUGGAAUUCCUGAAUGUGGUACAGACGCAAUGAGAUUCGCUCUCUGCGCUUACUUGACUCAAGGUCGUGAUAUUAACUUGGAUAUUCUUCGCGUGCAAGGUUAUCGAUUCUUCUGUAAUAAAUUAUGGAAUGCGACUAGAUUCGCUCUCAUGUACUUCUCUGGCGACGAAAGAUACUCUACAAUCACUCUAAGUGGAAACGAGAACAAUAUGGAUGUGUGGAUUCUUUCACGUCUAGCGGCAGCCGUCGACACAUGUAAUACAGGUUUCAAAAACUAUGAUUUCGCCGCAAUUACCAAUGCCUGUUAUAACUUCUGGCUCUACGAUUUGUGUGAUGUGUACUUAGAGUGUUUGAAACCAAUUUUCCAAACCGGAACGGAUGAUCAAAAAGCAUCGGCUAGAAAGACUCUGUACACAUGUCUCGACUUAGGACUAAAACUAAUUUCUCCGUUUAUGCCUUUCAUUACUGAAGAAUUAUAUCAGAGACUACCACGAAAAGACACGAUCCCCAGCAUCUGCAUAGCACCAUAUCCCGAAAUUGAAAACUGCCCAUGGCGUAAUGAGCAAGUAGAAAAAGACGUAGAGUUCGUGCAAAAAGCAGCUCGUGUGAUUCGGUCUGCACGUAGCGACUACAAUCUUCCCAAUAAGACGAAAACCGACGCCUACGUUAAAUGUACAGACGACGCUACGAACAAUAUUCUCAAGAAGUAUGCUGCAGAUCUUGCCACUACUUCUUAUUCAGUAAUUUUCUUCGAUCAAGAGCCUCCAGCUGGCUGUGCAAUUCUCACCAUAACCGGUCAAUGUGAAGUUCAUUUAGUGCUAAAGGGACUUAUCGAUGUUGAUAAAGAAAUUGAAAAAUUACAAAAGAAAUGCGAUGGUUUGAAGAAUACCGUAAGCAAGCUGGAACAAGCUAUGGCUGUACCAGAUUAUGAAACUAAAGUUCCUGCUGAAGUGCAGGAAAGUAAUAAGGAGAAGUUGGAGCAGUCUUCUAAUGAAAUUCUGAGGAUUACGGCGGCAAUGGACACACUGAAACUAAUGUAGGAUGUUUCGAAGGAAAGAUUACUGCAUAACACCGCAGAUCGUAUUAACUUUCAUUUUCGUGUUUAAGUAAUUAUUUUUUUACUAAUUUUUUUCAUCUUGUACGCACGAGUAAAAGUUCUGCUCUGCAUUUAUUUAUUUUCCUAGAUUGGGCACAAUCGUCCAGUGAUAUGAAAUCCCAAUUUGCUCUAUCUGAAACUAUUUAUGUCGCAAAUGAAGAUGUUGAUCUUAGCUUUAAUAACAAUAAAACAAGAAUGAGAAGCUA